CGUGGCACCGAGGAGGAGCUGCGCCUACUGACUGUUCGAAUAACGGGACCUGUCUCUGAGCAUCCGCCGGUGUCGCCUCUGGAUCGACGGUCAAAACAAAGUGUCUGGAUUUUGACUUCUUUGGAAAGCUGACCGUGUGUUUUUAAAAUGGGCUUGACGAUCUCAAGUCUGUUCUCCAGGUUUUUUGGGAAGAAGCAGAUGAGGAUACUGAUGGUCGGUUUGGAUGCCGCUGGAAAAACGACAAUUCUGUACAAACUCAAGCUAGGAGAAAUCGUUACCACUAUCCCUACUAUUGGGUUUAAUGUGGAGACGGUAGAAUACAAGAAUAUCUGCUUCACUGUUUGGGAUGUUGGCGGCCAGGACAAAAUCCGACCUCUUUGGAGACACUACUUCCAGAACACCCAGGGUCUGAUCUUUGUGGUGGACAGCAAUGACAGAGAGCGAGUUGCCGAAUCUGCGGAGGAACUUUCCAAAAUGCUCCAGGAGGAUGAGCUGAGGGAGGCGGUUCUUCUAGUCUUCGCCAACAAACAGGAUCUUCCCAACGCCAUGGCGGUCAGCGAACUCACUGAAAAACUGGGUCUGCUGAGUCUGCGUGGCAGAACUUGGCAGGUCCAGGCCACCUGUGCGACUCAGGGCAACGGUCUGUAUGAGGGUCUGGACUGGCUGUCCUGCGAGCUGGCCAAACACUAGACCAGCUAACCGGAGGAAGCGGCAGCUGAUGAUAUUAGCUGGCGUCACUGUGUACAAACAGAUGAGGAGGAGGUGGAAGAAGAUGAUGAAGAAGAAGAAGAAGAGGAGGAGGAUUAUUUCAUAAGACUGUUUUUGUUUGUUUUCUUUUUUAACUUAUAAAUGUGUCAGUUAGGUGAUGUCAUGGACUCUGAGCGCGCUAUCAUUUCCCAUCGUCCUCUUCUUCUUCUGUUCUUCCUACUGGCUUCUGCAGAUGUCUUUUUCUUUUUAUCAGCAUGUUUUAAAACCACACUCAUGUGACAAGUUGUCGUGGAGGAGGAAGGGUAGCAGCAGGUGCUCGUGUACCUGUGGUCAGGGGGCGGGGCUUGUAACAGGUGCCAGCCUAUAUGUGGUCGACGGGCGGGGCUUACAGUCGGGACCAGUGUACCUGGUCAUCUAAUGACUCAUUCCAGAGCUGAACCUGAAGGCCUCGUCAUUCCUGAACAAUGUGAAGAAACAGAGAACUAGCAAUGAUGCAAUAAAGGUUGUUCUUCUCAGCUGUUUUGGUUUUCGGGGCUUCUUUCA